AUGUAUGGUGUGUAUGGGGAUAAAAAUCAAAGAAAUGUUCCUAUUUUGGAUCAUGCUGAUCCACCACGCUUAAUUGGAUUGCAAGGAUGUUGUAGCAGUGAAGCUUAUCAACUCCUUAACAACCGUUGGGCAGCUGCUAUCAAUGCAUAUGAAAAUCCCUCAACUGAUUUAUCCAAGCGACCGAUUAUGUAUUCAGGAAGCAAUGCAUCAGCAUGGGGACAAUUUCGACUUCCUCAUCAUAUGAUUUCUCAGACAGGUAGAGUUGGAGUUGGAGCUUCAGGGAGUCAGAUUGAUUUCUCGGGUGAACUCAGGCAAGCAAUGCGAAGCCAUAACUCAAACACCCAUUUCUGA